AGAAAUCCGCUUCGCCUUCUAGUGAAGUGAAGCAUUUUAACGUUUACAACGCAUAUUUUUACUGAAAACUUUACCCAAAAACGUAUAUAACUUAAUUUAAAAUAAAAGUCAACAGCUAUUCAGAUAGCAUAAGUUUUAUAUAAUGUUUAUAUAAUUUUUUCUUAGGGCGUAAGGUGUUCCGUCAUAAAUAUUGAUUUGUUUGGGGAUCAAAGAAAUCGUUUUAAAAUGUGAAGGAACUGUCUAAACCCUUUGGUUGGUUCAUGCUAUCCGCGUUAUAACUAAAUAAUGAGAGAAAAGUUUCAUUGGGUAGAAGCAAGAAUGCAUUCAAGAUGAAAACUAAAAGUUUCUUGUUGUUUUCGACGUCGGUUUUCGCGAUAAGUAUAUUCCUGAUAGUAUUUCACUCGCAACCGCCACAGUCUUUUCAAAAUAUUGUUUCACAAACGCAUCAACAUAUUAAGGACUUUCAGGAACAGUUACGAGAUGUGGAGGAAAGACACCUGGUGCAAGAGGAGCGAUACCUAGCGCUGGUGGGGCUGUCUGGACACGUGGAGGCUUGGAAGAACACCACACUGCCUGUCAUUGUGACACACGCUAGGAAUGAUGAGCAUGCUCUCGUGGUAGCAUUUAUACGGGCAGUGCAGAAGUUGCCAUACACUAUACUUGUCUAUAAUAUUGGCCUCAAACCAUACUCUUUGAAUGUGGUAUCAAACUACUGUAAUUCUUCAAAAUGUGCAGUGAUGGACUUCGAUCUCAGCAUGUUUCCCUCUCAUGUUGCUGAUGAGAGCAUCACAGCCUUCCGACCCCUCAUCAUACAGCACGCACUGAGCCGCGUGGGUGGGGUAAUAUAUUGCGAGACGACGCAGCGUUGGCGCGGCACGGCCGCCGCGCUCGCGGACGUGUGGCGGCGCGCGGCCGGCGAGGGGGCGGCGCCGGGGUCGGGGAGCGGGGAGGCCGCGGGGCCGCUGGGCGUGGUCGCGUGGCCGCGGCGCGCCGCCGUGACGUCGCUGACGCACCCGCACAUGUUCACGUACUUCCACGCGGACGUGGACGACUUCCUGUUCGUGCAGAUGCUGGACACGUCGCGGCUCGUGCUGGCGGCGCGCCCGCGCCUCGCCGACGUCAUGCGCCCCUGGGUGCAGUGCGCGCUCACCAGCGAUUGCAUCAUGCCUGUCGGCGCGCAGUCGGACGGGUGCCGGUUCGACAAGAAGCCGCAGUACCGCUACUCGGGGUGCCACGGGCAGGACGCGUCGGCACUGAGCAUCAUCCUGGGGCUGCGCAGCGGGUUCGAGGAGGGCGGGUACGCGGCGCGCGCGCACCCCGCGCCCUGGGGCCGCGCCUCCGCGCGCGCCGCCAGCACGCUGCUCGCGCAGCUCGAGCGCAACGCCACCACCACGCCCGCCGACGCCGACGAGCGCACCGACCGCGCCGACCGCGCCGACCGCGCCGACCGCACCGACCGGACGGACCGCGACGUCUAGCGCCUCCCCUCCGCACCGCCCUCCCGCGCAUCCGAAACCACUCCUACUGUUCAAUCAAGAUAAAUCAAUUGACUGGCGACAAACAUGUCGCCGGAGGAAUGAAGGUUGAAUGCUUCGACCCAAACUCUUUAUUGAUUUCCAAACGAGAUGGUAUAGCGCGAUAUGAAAAUAAGUGCCAUCAGCUACAGGGAAGAAGUGAUUGAACGUCGGUAUUGGAUAUGAAGCGUGCGGCGGUGGCGCCAUCUGCCCGACUCCCACAAGACGACCGUUGGCGAGCACUCCCGGUUCUCGAACAUUAUAUUAUAACCGAUAUAUAUAACGACUUACGAGUAGUGGUUUAUACGAAUAUUCGGUUCGAAUACUAAGUGAUGAACGAUAUCUGCGCUGUUGUGAUGUAACCUGAGUUAUGUUUUUGUACAAAAUUAUUGUUAAGUUUAUGCAAUUGGAAUGAAUCGAAUCACGUUAUAUUCCGUAAUAGAUAAAAUGUUGUGAAUUUGUUUAUAUUAAAGAUAGUGGGAACAAGGAACCUGAAUGUAUUGCCUAAAAUAAUUGUCACACUGAGAUUCUGUACUGUGAUAAAUCACUGUUAAGUCUAUUAAAAGUAUAGAUAUGUGUGCUAUAUCCAUGACAUUAGGGCACAACCUGGUGAAUGUUAUAUUUCAUAGCAAUAUAACAUGUUAAUAUUGAGUGAGUAACUUAUUCAUUUAAUUUAGUGUCACUUGUUACUAAACUUUAAAUAAAAAUAAUGUACUUUAAUUUAUUUUACACAUAAGGUUUUUGAAAUAUAAAUAUUUUAUUGCAAAUAAAAAAGCAGAAGAAACGUCGGUUCAUUCCAAUCCGCACGCGUCGCUGGUUGUAUGGUUUUUUGUAAAUAUAUGAUUAUGUUAUUGAUAAGCAUCACUGCAUGACAACAUUGUAUUGAACGCAAGCACAAAAAUAUGAUCUCAAAAUUUAAGUUCCUGGAACUUUUGCUAUAUUCCUUGUACAUUAUUUGGUAUUCACUUUGUAUAGUUUUCUUUUAUUAUAUUUUUUAUAAUAAUUGCAAUUAUUUAGGGUCAACAGUCACUGGCGACUUGAUUUUUACAAGUUAUACAACGUUAUAAAAGGAAUGAGUUUCAUUUAUAAUAUUAUACAUCAUUUUAUGAAACUGAGAUACCGUAAUUAGAUCUGAUCAUCAUAAAAGUUUCCGCAGUGAAAGUCAAGUUUUAACCACAUAAUAUUUUGUAUUACAAAUAUUUGUAUUUAAAUUUGUAAACCAUUUCGUUUAAUCUACAAUUUUAUACCACUUGUAUACGUAUCAAACUUGUAUAACGCCUUUUUUUUUUCAUCAUAUGGUAUCAGAGGACCAUUUUAUGUUAUUGUUUAAUACACGCAAUUUUAUUUAGUGUAAUUAUUUGCUUUUCGAUUAUCAUACGUGUUCAUUAUCGUUUAGAAUAUAUUUUUGUGUAUCAUACAAGCAAUAGUAGAGUAGAGGGCUGUUUUAUAAAAAAGCAUUUAGAUUUAAACAUAGCAUAGUGUUGGAAGUUGUGUGUAAAAUAACACGGAAUGCAUAUGUUUUGGUUGUCAAUUGUAAAAAAAACUCAAAUUUAAUUUUUUUUCUACAUUUCUAUGUAGAUCUUAUAUGGUAACAUUAAAAUUCAAAAGUAAAAAUAAACAUAAUUGAAACAGCGGAAUAUCUUAAAUUCACGUUAUUUUAUACAUCGCUCUUUCUACACGUAUAAUUGACAUUAUUUACCUGCAUAGCAGAAGAUUAUUUAUGACAUUUAAUCAUUUGCGCAUAAUUUUGAAUAUAUAGCUUCAAAUGUAUCCAAGUACAACUUUAGUGAGAUUUUGUCUAUACAAUAUUUACUUUAUAUAGUAAAACAGCAAAUAGUAUAGCAGAUAAUAGUUAUAAUACAUAACUGAUAGUAUGUUUUAAAUACUUAAACGAUUCGAAAAAUUGUCCCUAUUGUUGCUAAUAUUAGCUAUAAUUUAAUGUAUUCCAAUUUUAAAGGCAUCUAUGUAUUCAGUAUUAAGUAUUUAUUACAUUCAGCAAAAGAAAAUCUGUAUAAUUCGUGCUAGACAAGUUCUGCAAAAUGUAACAAUAGUUUUUAUAUGUUUUAUAAGAAGGUCAUUUUCAUGUCUAAGAAGACUUACUACCUUACGUAGCCAUGUUGCAGUUAUAGAAAAUCCUCAUACAACUGUGGCAUCUUACGCAGUCCACAUACACCCGGAAUGGCUUGAAGGGUUCGUAAUCUGAAUUCAUAUAAUUAUCAGAAAGACCGGAAUAUCUUACGGUAUCACCAUGUUCCAUACAUAUUUUGAUUCAAAAGAUUAAUUAACAAAAUUGUUCCUGUUUAUGCUUUUAUUACUGUGUAUGUUUCAUUCGAUUACUAAAGGAUGAAACCAAUAUUUCCUUUUUUCAUUAAUUAUUGUUAUUUAUACAUAAAAUAAAUGUCAUAAGAAACAAUUCUGGCCUAAAAAUAGAAGAUUUCUGAUUAUUAUAAAAAAUUAAAAUAUGUGUUGUACAUGCUACUGAGAAUCAGAUUAUGGAUAGAGAAUCUGACGAGAAUCUGAGAAUUCAGAUGGGCAAUCCCACUUUAGGCCAGCCUCAAACUUCAUUUAUCAUUAGUUAUCGCUGUAAAGCUCGCGAUGUAUGUUAAUUGUUCGAAUUAAUUAUAAAAUCCCUCGUGGCUCGUCCUUGAUGGUGCGUUUUCGCUUUUGUUUUGCAACAACUUUGAUUUUCUUCUCGUGAUAUUGAAAUGUGUUAUGUAAAAAUAUAACUUAGCGCAAUUAAAUUAGGAUAUUCCAUACCAUUCCGAGCAUUAAUGAAGCAUUUGCUGAAAUUGCGGUGGCCUGGCGUCGCUUCAGUAAUGCCGCUCACUCGCAUCUGUAUGAAUACGCAAACCUACAAGUGUGUGGAUUUACAAAUGUUUUUUCCUACACGCGUUGUUCGAAUGUUUGCAUGCAAGCGAGUCACCCGAGUUACGCUAUUGUAUAUUGUCGAACGCGAACUAGUCUUUUCAUACUUUAUUGUUAUAAAAUAAUAAAUGCGCUUGUCCUAAGGUCCAAUAAUUUUAGUAUAUUUAAUGUUGUAUCUUGUGCAAUAAUAAUAUAAUUUAAAGUUUUUGUAAAUUUGUUCGAUAUUAAGACUUGCAAAAGACAAAUUAUUAUCUGUUUUCUGAUAACAAUAUUGUGUAUACUUAGGAAUAUGACUGCUAGAAAAAUGUAAGACGUCUCCAGAACGAAUCGCUUUAUUCUAUCCCACCCAGCCAUUAAUGUUGUAAUUGUUUCGUCAAUUAA